AUGUAUAACCAUGGAAAAAAUAUGUCUCACCAACUGGACAACCAAACAGCCAUAACUGAAUUCCUCCUUCUGGGAUUUGGGGACCUUCAGCUUCUUUUCCUGCUCUUCCUAGCUAUCUACAUCAUGACUUUUGCUGGGAACCUCCUCGUCAUUGUUCUGAUUACUGUUAAUCGGCACCUUCACACACCCAUUUACUUCUUUAUAGGAAACCUAUCCUUUUUAGAGACCUUCUACAGCUCAACACUCCUUCCCAGGAUGCUAGCCAGCUUCCUGACUGGGGAUAGAACUAUUUCCGUUAGUGGCUGCAUAGCACAGUUUUAUUUCUUUGGCUGCUUGGCGGGUGUUGAAUGUUUCCUUUUAUCAGUGAUGUCUUAUGAUCGGUAUUCAGCCAUAUGCAAUCCAUUGCAUUAUACAAUGAUCAUGAACAAUAAGGUGUCUUUAAUUUUAGUCUCUGGUUCUUGGCUAGGUAGCUUUGUACUAAACACCAUCAUCAUAUUUUUCAUGUCCAAGUUAACAUUUUGCAGGUCCAAUGAAAUUGACCAUUUCUUUUGUGAUUUUGAUCCACUGAUUGAACUGUCCUGUAGUGACACCCACCUGAUCACAUUAGUUGACUUUUCGUUUGCAGCAGUCUCUGCUUUUCCUCCUUUUCUUUUAACUCUGGCUUCCUAUGUUUGUAUCAUCACUACCAUUUUGAUGAUCCCAUCUCAGACUGGCAGACAAAAGACAUUUUCUACUUGUUCCUCUCAUUUGCUUGUGGUGACAUUAUUCUUUGGUACACUAAUCCUGGUCUACAUUGUGCCAUCAUCACAUUCAAGAGCAGAUGCUAAGAAAUUUAUCUCUCUCUUCUAUACCAUCUUGACUCCCUUGGUCAAUCCUCUUAUCUAUAGCUUCAGAAACAAAGAAGUGAAUGUUGCUCUCAGAAAAUUGACUAGCAGUUUUUUGUACCUUUUCAAAAGAAAUGAGACAUUACUGUUGGUUAGAUGA